UGAAGGACGGCACAGGCGGAUCGGGGGAGUGGGUGGGCUCUGCCUUCACUUGCACCAAUUAGAGUGCCGAAGUGCCCCGGCGGAGAGAUGUUGAUUGGUCGGGACUGCUACGGCGCGCGGGGUGUGGCGAUGGGGCGGAGUCUGUUAGCGGCCGGAAGGGGGCGCGCGCCGCGGCCAGAGUCAACGCUUCAAUGAAGGGGGCGGAGGCGCGCGAGGGGGCCGCGCUGUCCCAGGACCUGCUAGCCCUGGGGUAUGGGGCUUUCCCGGAGGUGGCGUCGCGGGGCACCUCAUGCCCAGACUUCAGGGCGCUGUGCGCGCGGCUGGCGGCGGAGCUGGUGACUCUAGGCGCCGUGGAGCGGCAAGAUGGGGGCGUCGAGGAGUUGAGCGCGGGCGACGGCCCCAAUGCGGAGGAGGAAUUUCUUCGGCAGCUCCCCGGCCUCCUUCGGGCGUUGCACUGUCCGGAUCGCGCGCUCUGCGGCGGAGAGGGACGCGCGGCCGAGUUGCGGGAGCCAAGCGCGAGCACCAGGCUGCUGCGCUUUCUCUGCUCGGAGCUCCAGGCUGCCCGCCUCUUGCGCUUGCACCCCCGUGUGGACUCUAGCCCUGUGCCUUCCCCUGGGAAAGGGAAAGAGGAAGGAGCCCACAUGGUUCAGGAACUGGUCCUCACCCUCCAAGCCCUGAGACUGCCCAUACCCCUUCUGGGGACCCCUGCCAGCCAACUACUCCAGGAAUUACACGCCAAGAUCUCUGAGCUGCUGCCUUCCCUGCCCCCAGGGUCCAUGCAGCCCCUCCUCAGCUACCCACUGGAUGCACCCCAAUGGGAAGCACUGGAGUCUCUUUCCCAAAGCCUGAAAGAUCAGUACUCCUGCCGCCGCUGCCUUCUUCUCAAGCGUCUGGACCUUACAACAUCCGCUUUCCACUGGACUGACCGGGCAGAGGCCCAAGGAAAGGCUAUGAAGACAGUGCUGACCCCACUCCGAGCGGUUCUCACCCCAAAAUCUGACAUCUCCAUCGCACAUGUUCUGGCUGCCCGUGCUGAUCUUUCUCGACUGGUUCCAGCCACCAGUAUGGCAGCCCGCCGAGGGACAUGCUGUGCUAUCAACAAGGUACUUAUGGGUGAUGUGCCAGACCGAGGGGGCCGCCCAAAUGAGCUGGAAGCGCCCAUGCCCACCUGGCAGAGCCGGAGAGAAGAUGGAGGAGGGCGGAGAACAGGCCGCCAGCACUGGGGCCAAAAGAAGAAAAAGAAGAAGUAAAGGAAGAUGAGGGCGUCUGAGAUGCUGAUGGCAGUUGGAGGGUUUUCCCUGGCAUCUGGCACCCAAGCCCCUCCAUCCUAUUCUGAAGUUCUCCAGAUGUCAUGUACCCAUCUACUACUCAACACCAGAACCAUGUUCUAUGGAAAAUAAAUUUAAUUUUCAAUAGGAGUGGGACCUGUUUCUGUGGGAGCCAGGUCAGAGGUACGUGGUUUGUGGAGGGGUGGGGGUGGGGGUCUCUGCCUUAGCUCUGGCCAGAUCCCUGCCCCUCUGACUCUACAAAGUCUUUCAUUUUUCAGCAACACACCUGUCCCUGUGGGUGUGGGGAAGGGCACAUUUAGAUACAAGACAGGACUUACCAUGUUUCUACCCUGAGCCAACCCUGUUCUAAGCACGGGGGAUACAACGUGGAGGACCCAAGAGUUCCCACCCACCUGAAACUGACAUUCCUGGUGAGGGGGGCAGAUGCCAUACAAGAUAAACAGGCGAAAUACAAGAUUGUCACAGAAGAGAAGCACUAUGGAAAAAAUAAAGGCGGCAAGAUUGGCAGUGGGGAGGACCAUGUCUUUGAGUAUGGUUAAGGAAGGCCUCACAAAGGGGAUAUGACUAUAGCCAAGUGCCAGACAGGAGUUCAGAGGUCUCAUGGGAAGAGCAUUCCAAACAGAGGGAACAGCUGGUGCAAAGGUCCUGAGGUAGGAGUAUUUGUUCAAGAACACUGAGGCCAAUGUAGCUGAAGCAGGAUAAGUGAUGAGGUAAGGGGUAGGGGCAAGGUCGGGGACAUGAUGGGGGAAGAUCAUGUGGGGCUUUCAGGGCAACAGUGUGGACUGGUUUUGCCCCUGAGCAGGGGUUGGAUGGGACCUAGUUCAUUCUUACAGGUUCUAGGUGUUUCUCGGCCUUCUCUGCUGUCUCAGCGACCCCACUUUCAGAACUCUGCCCACUCCAGCUGUGCCCCUCUGUCCCUCUCCAGUGUGUGUUUAGCACAUUGGCCUAGAGUUUCAAGCAUAGAGGACCAAGAUUUUUGUUUUGUUUUUUAAAGCUGGAUCUUGCUAUGUAGUUCAGGCUGGCCUUGAAGUCACCAUGGAG